CAUGCUCUGGACCUGCAGCUGGCAGUGGCCAACAUCCUCCAGCUCCUGGUGAACAGCGAGAGGAACCAGCAGGUGCUGUGUGAAGCCUGCCUCCACCAGCGGCUGCUGCAGCGCUGCAGUCAGGCCCUGGGCGACGAAGACCACCCACUGCACCCGCCGCUGCAGAGGAUGUUUGAGAGGCUGGCCUCGCAGGCCCUGCAGCCGAUGGCGCUCAGGGAGUUCUUACGUCUCGGAAACCCUCUGAACUGCGGAGCCUGGGACAAGAAGCUGCUGAAGCAGUACCGGGUCCACAAGCCGAGCUCUCUCAGCUACGACGCAGAGAUGAGAAACAGUAUGACCAUGUCCAUGGAGGGCUUCGGCCCCGACAGCGUCUUCGCCACCCUGGCAGAGGAUAACGGACAAUACCGCAUCAGCCGCAGCCUGGUGCGCUCCGCCGAGGGCAGCACUGUGCCGCUCACCCGAGUCAAGUGCCUGGUCUCCAUGACAACACCCCACGACAUCCGCCUUCACGGAUCGGCCGUCACGCCUGCGUUCGUGGAGUUUGAUGCUUCGUUGGAGGGCUUUGG